UGGUUCUCGGUUAUUUGUGAAAAGUGAAUAAAGUCACGCACACAAGUCGUGUAUGCAAACGAGCCAUAUGAUAUUAUUAAUAUGGUACUCCAGUUUAGUUUAAAACCUGAAACCAACUGCAUAUUUAAUUCAUUUUUGAAUCUCGAUAGUACGUCCCGGUUUGUUCCACUACGCGCACUCUGACGCACUUCUAACCUUAUAAUUAACGUAAGAAGCACAACGGCGAAUUCACUUGUUUUUCAGUCAAGUUCACAACAGCUACUUCUCCCAGACGCAGCUUAAUUGACAAAUAGGCUAAUAAAUAUUGGUAUGGGAGAUAGAGAUUGGAGGCCAUUUAUUUAUGGAGGACUUGCUUCCUGUGUAGCUGAAUUUGGAACAUUUCCUAUAGACUUGACAAAAACCAGGCUGCAAAUUCAAGGCCAAAAGUUAGAUAUAAAUCAUGCAACCCUAAAAUACCAUGGAAUGGUUGAUUGUUUUCUUCAAGUUGCAAGACAGGAAGGUCUUAAAGCACUGUAUUCUGGAAUUUGGCCAGCAGUCCUUAGACAAGCAACUUAUGGCACAAUCAAAUUUGGAACAUACUACUCAGUGAAAGACAUAAUUAAUAAAUACUAUAACCAUGAUAGUGUUAGUGUGAAUGUAUGUUGUGCUGUCCUUGCCGGCGCUAUUUCUAGUGCAAUUGCAAAUCCCACAGAUGUGUUGAAGGUGCGAAUGCAAGUAGGCGGCCUGCAAGGACACAAUGUGGGACUGUUGGCUUGCUUCAAGGAUGUGUAUACACAUGAGGGGGUUGCAGGCUUAUGGAGGGGAGUCAGUCCAACGGCACAGAGAGCAGCGGUUAUUGCUGCGGUUGAAUUGCCAGUGUAUGACUUUUGUAAAGUUCACCUGAUGGAUGCAUUUGGCGAUAAAGUAGCAAAUCAUUUUAUAUCUAGUCUAAUUGCUAGUUUGGGAAGUGCAGUUGCUUCAACUCCUAUUGACGUUGUAAGGACAAGACUGAUGAACCAAAGAAAAAUCAAGAAUCUUUUACCUGGCGCCCACUUGUAUUCAGGCACGGCGGACUGUUUCCUGCAAACGUUCCGAAACGAAGGAUUCUGGGCAUUCUACAAAGGAUUCAUCCCAACGUGGGUGCGAAUGGGGCCUUGGAAUAUCAUAUUUUUUAUAACUUAUGAGCAACUGAAAAAACUUUAUUGAAUGCCAUCCAAAUGGUGUGUGUCUGUGUGUUUAAUCCAAUUUGCUUAGGAUGUGUGAGUGUGAUACACAUUCAACAUUCUUCACAUUAAGCAUUUAACUAUGUGUAUUGUUUAAGGAGUUGUUAAUACUCAAUAGAUCCUUUGAGGUGUUAAAUAAUUAUAGAUUUAAAUAAAUGAAUACACACUGUUAUAUUAAAA